CUAAUUGUGCGAAAAGUCUACAGUAGCCACCAUUUUCCCGGUUCCUGCGGCGAAUUUAAAUUUUUUCAAAAGUUUAUUAUUAUUAUUAUUUUUUAUAUAUUCAUCGUAAUUGUCGAUUAAUUAUUAAUGUCUGCUAUAAAGUGAAAGCAGAGUGGCUUCUUGUUGGUGCCCUGACAAAUCAACCACUAGAAUCGAGAAGCGAGCGUCCUCCGCCUCCGUCGAUGACCCGCCACGGCGAGCCCCCGUCGGAGCAGCCCUCCGCCACCACCGAGGAGCAGGCGUUGAUCCCCUGCUCCGGAGGCGGAGGGGCAGCCAUGCGCCUCAUCGUCCCCCUCCAAGGCAUCGUCCAGGGCCACGGCGGCGGCGGGCUGGUCCUCGGCUCCCUCCUCCCCUGCGUUCUCUUUUACGCCUUCCAGAUGUACCUGAAGCGGAGCCGCUCGCCGCCGUUGAAUCCCCCCGCUGACGUCCCCGAGCACCGCGGAGUCGUCCGCUCCUCCUCUCGCAGGCGUCUGCCCGUCCGCGACGCUGUCCUCUCCGCCCGUGCCUCUUUGAUCGCCAAAUCCGCCGAUUCGUCUUAUGCUGCUGGGGACAAGAGGUUCUUGGAGGAUCCCUACCAUCUUUUCGAUAAUCCCGAUGGGGUUAUGCAGCUUGGGUUGGCGGAGAACCGUUUGUCGUUGGAUUUGAUUGACGACUGGCUUGCCAAAAAUUACAAGGAUACGAUGCUUGACCAACGGCAGGGCGCAUUGAGCAUUAAGGGAUUAGCUACCUACCAGCCCUUUGAUGGAUCUUUAGAAUUCAAGACGGCCAUUGCUGGACUCAUGGGGCAAGUGAUGCAAGGGUCAGUCUCGUUUGAUCCGUCACGCAUUGUUUUGACUUCAGGUGCAACUCCUGCAAUUGAGAUUCUCAGCUUCUGCCUAGCAGAUAUUGGAAAUGCAUUUCUUGUUCCUUCACCAUAUCAUCCAGGGUAUGAUAGAAAUAUAAGGUGGCGAGCAGGCAUAGAGUUGAUACCUGUCCCAUGUCGAAGCACCGAUAACUUUAGCAUAAGCGUUGCCUCACUUGAAAGAGCAUACACUCGGGCAAAAAAUCGAAGUGUAAAAGUGUGUGGAAUUCUUUUCUCAAACCCCUCAAACCCAGUGGGCAACUUGCUUCGUACAGAAACACUGCUUGACAUUAUUGAUUUUGCUACAGAGAAGAACAUACAUGUCAUAGCUGAUGAAACUUUUGCUGGCUCAAUUCACGGAAAUGAGGUGUUUGUGAGCAUGGCAGAGGUUUUAAACACAGAUGGUGUUGAUAGAACUAGGGUUCAUAUUGUUUAUUCCUUAUCUAAAGUUUUUUGUAUUCCUGGCGUCAGGGUUGGUAUCGUAUACUCCUUCAAUGAAUGCGUACUUGCAGCAACCUCCAGAUUAUCUAGGUUCUCCAUUUCUGCUCCAACCCAUCAAUUACUUAUCUCAAUGCUCACAGAUGUCAAGUUCAUUGCACAGUACCUCAAGAUGAACAGAGAGAGACUUCGAAUAAUGUAUGCAUUGUUGGUCAGCAGCCUGAUGGAGUUAGGUGUUCAGUGUGUCAAAAGCAUUGGUGGUUUUUACUGUUGGAUGGAUAUGAGCAAGCUCAUGAAAUCAUACAGCGAGAAAGGAGAGUUUGAACUUUGGAAGGUUAUGCUUGAUUUGGCUAAGAUCCACUUAACAUCUGGAACAGCAUAUCAUUGCAUUGAACCUGGAUGGUUUCGUUUAUGUUUCACAACAUUGUCUCGAAAUGAUGUCCCUCUACUUAUGGAACGCUUAAAGAGAGUAAUCCAUAGGCAAUAAGUUUAUUGAAGCUGAAAGCUAAUAAUUUUCUGUGUUGGAUAAGUACGAGGCUUCAACAUACAUAAAUGUUUUUGAUGCAAGGGAAAUCCAAAAGCAAGUCUAUCUUGACGCCCUUUCCAGCAGCCACUUUUGAUUUUGUUAGUGUAGCUACUGUUCAAUUCUUCAAUGUUUCUUGCUGUAUAUGUGGUUUAUAUUAGGAGCACCACAUAUCUUGUGAAGAUUGCCGCAGUGAUACUACGAUGAAUUUUUACUUACCAGCUUCUGAUAUUAUGCCCUUGUUUUGUUGCUAUUGCGGAUGAAAGGGAAGCAUAGGAGCAUGCUCUUUGAGUGUUCCUGUAAUGAAUAAACUGGUUUAGAAUGGAGAACCAUGAGAGUUUUCAGUUUUGUAAUCUACACAAACCUUUAUGUGGAAGUAAAGAUUGUUGUGUUAGUCGUAGCAAUUUCUUGUAGACAACAGUGUGUUUGAAUACAAUCUAUUUUCUAUCUCUCGAAA